AUGAAGACUGUGGUGGCCCUGCUGCUGCUCUGUCUGUGUGAUCCUGGACAGAGUGACUGCCAGGCAGACUGCCUGUCCUGCAGCAACAUCCUGCCCAAACAGCUCAGUUUCAACACCAUGGUGUGUCUCAAUGAGUGCGAGGGAAACGUCUCCCCAGCCUUCUACCAGGACUUCUGUCGUAAGCUGCUGUCAUCAUCAAUUUCCUCCCUUAGUGGUGCUGUGCGAAAAAGAUCACAGGAGGAGGUGGAGGCCCUGUUUCCUGAGCAGGAUGAGGAGCCGGUGGAGGGAGGUCUGCUGCUGCCCGUUGCAUUGCAGAGGUUCGACCACGUUACCCGGGCAUUCGGGGUGGACACGAGGGAUCUGGGUGGCAAGGGCAGCCAGCUGAACAGUGCCUACAGUUCCCAGAAUGGCCUGUCUCUUGAGGAUGAGUAUGAGGAGGAGGCAGGACAGGAGGAAAGGGCUGCUGAUGUGGCAGUAAGAGGACAGGACGACGUAGGGCUUAGUGUCUCCAAGAGGUUCGGUGGCUUCGUCAAAGGGAGGCACGGCUACAGGAAGCUGAUGUCUCCGGGGAGAUCUUACCAGAAGAGGUAUGGUGGCUUCAUCGGCAUUCGGAAGUCAGCCCGCAAGUGGAACAACCAAAAACGUUUCAGUGAGUUCCUGAAGCAGUACCUGGGGAUGAGCACUCGGGCCACUGAGUUCAACAGCAUGUCAGAGGACCUCACCCAACAGAACGAAGUUUAG